CCUGUAAAUGAGAAGUAAGUAUUUGACUAACUCUUUCGAAAUGUCGAAUGGAAAAAGAAAAUGAUGACUACUGUACAGGGAGGCCUUUAUCAUUGCAGCAGACUUGCAGCAAGAUUCUUAUGACUUUUCUUAAAGGUUUUUGAAGAUGAAAGAGCCAUUGCAUUCCAAACAAUGGAUUAAUGUGGUCAAUGUUCGGCGGCACGAGCUUUAAACACAUUUUGAAAACGGGGCUCGAUUGAUUGCCUUUAACUUAGUUAUGGCAUUGUGUAAGUGCUUCUUUUUUUUCUUCGAGGGAGCGUCACCAAAGGCUAAAAAAUCUCACGAGCUCUCUUUGACGGGGACAUCAGCGUUCAAUCGCCGUUGGAAAAAAUGAAUCGCGAGCGUUUCGUGACCAUUUCUAAACGUAAGCGUCCAAUUGCGAACCACCUUUCAGUAGCGGUUUAAGGCUCUAACACACAGCAUCAAGCACAUCACAAUGGCGUCUACUCACUUGUGGCUAUUUUGUUCCCUCGUCUUGAUUGGAUCAGUGGCUUCUGAUAACGUCAACAACUCAACAAAUGCUCGUCAAAAAAGGUUGUUUAGCAUAUUUAACGUAGUCACGUUCAAGAAUGAUCCGUGCACCACCACUGGAACUGGAAAUCUCGGAGGGACAUGCAUGACCUCGUCCGAAUGUGCGUCCAAAAGUGGAUCAGCCUCCGGAAACUGCGCUGCAGGCUUUGGAGUCUGCUGUCUUUUUAUUGUGAGUGAGGAGUGUGGAAGUACAAUAACCAUUAAUCAGAAUUGUACCUACAUUAGGAACAAUGGAAAUCCGACACCUGAUAUGACAGCGGGCCAAACUUGCACGUUCGACUUCAAAAGGAUAUGCGACAAUUUAUGUCAGAUCCGGCUAGAUUUUCGAACACUCUCAACUUUAGUCAGUGCCACGGGCACUUGUGGUACGGCAGAGGAUGCCGUAACUGUUUCAAGCCCCUUUUCAUCCUCGGCGAAUGCUUUUCCUCCCACUGUGUGCGGAUCAUUAACUGGACAACACAUGUAUUUUGAAACGGGCACAAGUGGAGACUCAGCUGGCACGCUCUCCAUUGCCAAAGGAACCGGAGCUGGGAGUCGAACGUUUGACAUCAAAGCCACAUAUUACACCUGCGACAAUCUGGCUAAAGCUCCCCCUGGAUGCACACAAUAUUUCACCGGACAAAGUGGAUCCUUCCAGUCCUAUAACCACGCCGGGGGUCAGCUUUUGACCGAUCAGCUUUAUAAGAAUUGCUUCCGACAAGAGCUUGGUUUUUGCCGGUUGAGUUUGACAGAAUCGGCAACUCAAACCCCAGAUCCGUUUUUGUUAUCGGCUCCUGAUGCUAUUGCUGAGUCCACUUGUGAUCCGCUCAGUCAUAUAACGGUCAUGACACCUACGGCUGCAAUGGCUUGCGGAGGAGUGCUUGGAAAAGACGGUGACACUGGUCCAGCCACGGUGACUACUACUUCGGGAUCGUUCGAAGUCGGAGUACGAAGCUUAACCGCUGGGACUGCUGGUAUUACGGGCUUCAAUCUGGAUUUUGAACAAGUGGCAUGCGCUUAGAUCGAGGAAUGGAACAUUCGUGUUUAUUUAUAGAUUUGUUUCGAUUUUCAAUAAUGGCAAGCUUAUUUGUUGAAAUGAAUAAUGGUUCACACACAACAUAAUAUGAUCUAUAAACUGG